AAAUACCAGCCGUGGGGUUCGACCGACCGACGAACCCGUGUUCAUCUGUUGGAUGGAUAGAUUCCAAGUACCCUCGGGCUGGAGCAGUCAGCGCCGAGGGGUCCUCCUGUCCUGAUGAUUGCCACGUGGGAGCAUGUGUGUAUGCGAGGGCUUGUCACAUCAGCGGUCACGUUUCAUCAUCCGUGGAUUCCCAUUUCCUUCACGACACCCAUUGCGCGAGGGAAUGAAAGGCUGCUCGAGCACUCGACAACGCGCGAAGACUCGAAAAAACACGCGUGCACUCCCCCCCCAAGCGUCGAUCGAUAUCCAUCCGUUUUUCAUCCACCGCCCUGGAGUUGUCUUUCUGUUUUUUUUUCGAAGCAGGGAGCUAUGUAAAUUAACGCGGGUGGAGACGGCGGCCCCUCUCCCGAAGUUCAAGCGCUCCUCUCUCUCUCUCUCCUACGUGCGGUGGGCAGCAGAAGAAGCCCCUGAAGUGCCCAUCGCUGAUAAGGAGGCCCGGGACCGCUUUGAACCGUCGCACUCCGUCCAUUUCGUUUCGUCGCUCAGACCAACGACCUCCACGCACUGAAACUCCGGCAGCGCACCCUCGCGUGCCACACGGACAUAGUGUAAGAACGCGAAGGGAUGAAUGAACGACACAGCGGAGAAGCCCCCGACAAGUGUCUGGCAGGGUUAUCAUCAAUCCACUCCACGCUGAAAUGAAUGCCUGUCAGGUUUGUUUUUCUUUUUACCCUGUGAUCGGGAGGGGCGGGAGUUGUCGUCGUCGUAGGUUUAUGGAUAAAGCCUGGGCCGAGCCAAGGUUGUGCCGUCGCCACUGAGCCCUUCUGUCUGUCUUUACUACUAACUCGAGCCCCGCGCGAUGUCCGUCGGCAACACUGUCGGCUCGAUGCUCCUCGGUGCGCUCGUCGCGGCCAUGCUGAGCGGCGUCGUGCACCUGCUGACCUUCUUCUACUUCCGCACGUACGCAGCGGACCCGCUGCACUUCAAGCUCCUCGUGAGUCGCGUCUAUCCUGUGCAUCCGAAAUCCUCACUCGGCUGGACGACCAGGUCGCCGGUGUCUGGUGCGCGAUUCCCACUCCCCCCUCGUAAAACCCGGAUGAUGACGAUGGGCGCGCCGCGCAGGCUGAUGGACACGCUGCACUCGGCGUUCAUUCUCGAGGGCAUCUGGAACUACGUCAUCCCGCAGAUCGGCAGCCCUGCCAUCCAUCUCGACCGCAUCCCCGGUGGCGUCCCGAUAUCGGUGCUGCUGACGGCGAUCGUGACGUUCCUCGUGCACGGGUUCUUCGCGCACCGCAUCUUCCUGCUGAGCAAGCGCAGCUGGGCCAUGGCCGCGCCCGUCGUGGCGCUCGCGGUGCUCCGGCUCGCCGCGGCGGCGGUGUCCACGUGGGAGAUGUUCCAUUACCAGAGUUUCGCGGGUUUCAAGGAUCACGCGGACUGGAUCUUCACGCUUGGCCUUUCCGUAUCGUCGGUCGUCGACGUCUACAUCACCGCGUGCCUCUUCUACCUCUUCCGCUCCAGCCGCUCCGCGACCUCGCCAUUCAACCAAGUCAUCGACCAGCUGAUUCUCUACGCGUUUGAGGCGGGCAGUCUCACAGCGGUGGGCACGAUCGUCACCAUGAUCUGCUGGGUGGCCAUGUCCCGGAACCUCGUCUUCCUCGGGAUCCACUUCGUCAUCGGAAAACUAUACGCGAGCUCUUUCCUCAUCACCCUGAGCACGCGCGAAACCAUCCGCCGGACGCGCGCCAACACCUCGUCCGGCGACAGAGAGCGCGGCGGGCAGGUGCUCUUUCUCGAGACGCGCUCGGGCCCCGGCGGGCCCGCCAAGUCCACGCCGACGACGGCGACGAUUCCCUACUUUACGCGCUCUGCGCACGCCCAUCCGUCCGCGGAUCUGCGGAUAAACGUGCAGACGAGUGUGCAGUUCGACGGGGACGGGGCGUCCUCCAUCGAUGCCAAAUAGAUACAAGCCUGUAUUCGUAUCCGUAUAUAUACCACACCACACCACACACGGAGGGCCGGUGGCUAGUGAGUCCAAUUCGGGUUACAGGAGAUUGCGA